AUGCCACCAAAGAAGCAAGUUGAGGAGAAAAAAGUCCUUUUGGGCCGUCCAGGUAACAAUUUGAAGGCUGGUAUCGUCGGUUUGGCGAACGUCGGGAAGUCCACUUUCUUCCAGGCUAUCACCAGAUGUCCAUUAGGGAACCCAGCGAACUACCCCUUUGCGACAAUUGACCCAGAAGAGGCCCGUGUCAUUGUGCCCUCGUCGAGAUUCGACGAGUUGGUCAAGAUUUACAAGCCUGCCUCUGAGGUUCCAGCGCAUUUGACCGUUUACGAUAUUGCAGGGUUGACUAAAGGUGCCUCCGCUGGUGAAGGUUUGGGGAACGCUUUCUUGUCCCACAUUCGGUCCGUGGACUCCAUUUACCAAGUCGUCCGUUGUUUUGAUGAUGCGGAAAUUAUCCACAUCGAGGGUGACGUUGACCCAGUCCGUGACUUGGAGAUUAUUCUUGGUGAGUUGAGAUUGAAGGAUAUUGAGUUUUCUCAGAAGGCAUUGGAAAGUGCUGAGAAGAUCGCCAAGAGAGGUGGCCAGUCUCUAGAGGUCAAGCAGAAGAAGGAGGAGAUGGCUUUGAUCGAAAGAAUCAUCAAGUUGCUAGAGGACGGGCAAAGAGUGGCCAACCAGGAGUGGACUCCAAAGGAGGUCGAGACCAUCAACUCCAUGUUCUUGUUGACCGCGAAGCCAUGUAUCUACUUGAUCAACUUGUCCGAAAAGGAUUACUUGAGAAAGAAGAACAAGCAUUUGCUAAGAAUCAAGGAAUGGGUCGACAAGCACUCCCCAGGUGACUUGAUCAUUCCAUUCUCUGUGUCUCUAGAAGAGAGACUGUCCCACAUGAGCGAGGAGGAGGCCGCCGAGGAGUUGAAAUCCAUCUCCGCGCAGUCUGCCCUACCAAGAAUCAUCACGACAAUGAGAGAAAAGCUUGAUCUGAUCUCCUUCUUCACUUGUGGUCCAGAUGAAGUACGUGAGUGGACCAUCAGAAAGGGCACAAAGGCGCCUCAAGCAGCAGGUGUCAUUCACAACGACUUAAUGAACACCUUUAUCCUGGCCCAGGUCAUGAAAUACGAGGACGUUGUUGAAUACAAAGAUGAUGCAGCCAUCAAAUCGGCAGGGAAACUGCUACAGAAGGGUAAAGAUUACGUCGUUGAAGACGGUGAUGUUAUCUAUUUCAGAGCAGGCGCUGGGAAGAACUGA